AUGGGCAGGCGCUGCUCCUGGCGGCGACGCGCGUUGGUGGCCGCGGGUCUGGGCGCUGCGCUGCUGCUGCUGUGCGCCCUGCGCCCCGCAUUUGAAAACACAGCCCUGGGCUCCAUUUGGCUCGGAGGAGAGAAGAAGAGUCCCCUGCAGUUACUCUAUGACCUGGACCAGGGCCCGCUCUCGGCCCUGGCGGAGGUGCACCGGCAGCGGCGCGACCUGCUGCGCCGCUCCUGCAACCGCCACACGCGCCGGCAGCGGCUGCUGCAGCCGGAGGACCUGCGGCACGUGCUGGUGGACGACGCGCACGGGCUGCUCUACUGCUACGUGCCCAAGGUGGCCUGCACCAACUGGAAGCGAGUGCUGCUGGUGCUGAGCGGCCGCGCCCGCGGCGAUCCGCGAGCCAUCCCCGCGCACGAGGCGCACGCGCCGGGCCGCCUGCGCUCGCUGGCCGACUUCAGCCCCGCCGAGGUCAACCGGCGCCUGCGCGCCUACCUGGCCGUGCUGUUCGUGCGCGAGCCCUUCGAGCGCCUGGCGUCUGCCUACCGCAACAAGCUCGCGCGACCCUACAGCGCCACCUUCCAGCGCCGCUAUGGCACGCGCAUCGUGCGGCGCCUGCGUCCAGGCGCCCAGCCGGAGGCGCUGACUCGCGGCCAUGAUGUGCGCUUUACCGAGUUCCUCACCUACCUGCUGGACCCGCGCACGCGGCGCGACGAGCCCUUCAACGAGCAUUGGGAGCGUGCCCACGCGCUCUGCCACCCGUGUCGCCUGCGCUAUGACAUCGUGGGCAAGUUCGAGACGCUGGCCGAGGACGCGGCUUUCGUGCUGGGCCUGGUGGGCGCCCCGGACCUGCGCUUCCCUGCGCCUCCGCGACCCCGGGCGGUGCCCGCGCGCGAUCUGGCUGCGCGCCUCUUCCAGGACAUCAGCCCCUUCUACCAGCGGCGCCUGUUCGAUCUGUACAAGAUGGACUUCCUGCUCUUCAACUACUCGGCCCCCUCCUACCUGCGGCUGCGCUAG